AUGCCGGGACACCGUGCCCGGGGCACCCCGCGGGGACUUGAUCGGAGGUCGGUGGCCGCGAAACCAAGCGGGACCGUGCGGAACGGGCGGGGAGCGGAGCCGGGAGGCGGCUGCGGGCGGCACGGCCCUGACCGUGGCCUCGGGGAGCCCCGCGGGGCAUGGGUGUGUGUGGGCGGGACCCUUCCCCGCUGCGCUGCCGCCGCCCUCAGCGCUCCCCGGCCCCCUCAGCCCCUCCCGCCCCGCCGCAGCUCACGAGCCGGCAGCUGCCGCUCGCCCGCCAGCACCUCCGGCACUUCUCCCGCGCUCCGCAACUGCUGCCGCUCCCCACGGGGCAGGAACAAUGGCGGCCGCGGCCGGCAGUGGCAGCUCCUCGCUGUGCCUCGGCAGCGCCCAGGGGGAGGAGCUGCCGCGCUCCUUCCGCCUCUGAUUGGCUCUGUCUGCCCAGGCGUGGGCGGGACUUCCUAUUCCGGACCCAGCCCUGGGCGUCCGCUCGGCUCCUGCGAGGCCAACGCCUGCGGAGGGUCCGGUCCAGGGUCUCCCUCCCAGCGCUGUGUGGUCGGCAGGAGCCUGCCGGGGCCGGCGGUCAGCAGCUUCCUGUGCGCUGAGCUCUUGGUCGUCCUCCUGCUCUGCGUCCCCUUUGUGCCGGCUGCAGGUGAGCAGCUGAAUCAGUGCCCUGAGUGUGGGCAGAGCUUCUCAGCUGUCUCCGAGCUGAUGAAGCAUCACUGCCCCCACCCUGGCCCCCGACCCUUCAUCUGUGGUGACUGUGGCAAGAGGUUCAGGUGGAGGUAUGACCUCACGCGGCACUGCCUCACCCACAGCAGUGAGAGAUCCUUCACCUGCAGGGACUGUGGCAAGAGCUUCAAAACCAGCUCCAACCUCACCAUCCACCGCCGCAUCCACACCGGAGAGAAUCUGUUCCCCUGUGCUGAGUGCGGCAAGAGCUUCACCACGAGCACUUUAUUCAUCCAGCACCAACUCACCCACAGCAGUGAGAAAUCCUACAGCUGUGCCCACUGUGGGAAGAGCUUCACACAGAGCUCCACCCUCAUCAAGCAUCGUCUUGUGCACACUGGUGAGAAGCCUUUCACCUGUGCUGACUGUGGCAAGAGCUUCACCUACAGGUCCAAUCUCACCGAGCAUCGUCGUGUGCACACUGGUGAGAAGCCUUUCACUUGUGCUGACUGUGGCAAGAGCUUCACCCGCAGGUCUAUUCUCAAAAAUCAUCGCCGCAGCCACACCACUGAGCAGCCCACAGUGCUGGGAGGCACAAGCAGAUCCAGCCAGGGUCUGUUGGGUUAAUGGUGACCCCUGAAAGGGCCUUUCCAGCAGAUUGAACCAAAAUCACCUCUUUUUUCACCUGCAUUUGUCAGAGGCUAGGGACUGCAGCAGGAUCAAACACCUCCUGCCAUUUUGAACACCAAUCAGUGCUGAUGAGAACAAUUA